CCAAACUUAAUCCUGUGCUCCACACCUGUUCCCUGGUCUUCGCAUCGAUACUUAUUACCUCACGUCCUUGUCGACACGCGGAAAGAAAGUUGCAUCUGGUGUACCACUUACACAGAAACUUCGCAAGUGACGAUUGGCCACACUUCAAGACUUCGAUCCAGGAUAGGAAUCCAUUACAUGUUCACACUGCAUUAUCACAUCCUGCAGCCCUCCACGUUCGUAUCGAUGUAGAAUCGAGUAUCCAGACAUUAUCCAAGCGACCGCUGCAAAAACCCAACUCUUGCUAGCGUAGGACGACUCGAAGUAGUGGGCCCGAGCUCCUGCUAUCAAAAAGACCUCCAACCUGCGUCUAUCUUGCGGACACGAUCCAGGACUCGACAAUGCCAGUCAUCUCGGAAAUGGUGGGAAAUCAAGCGGGUGUAUCUUUGUCACAACUGGGGACCGCGAUGUCGCACGCUGAGCGUGGAAUCGUGACAGCCAUGUCAACUCUGGUCCGAAGAGUGAAUAUACCUUACAACGUAUCAAGUCCUGCCGGGUUAAUCGAGGCCAACACCGCGGAUCCCUGGAACAAGAGCGGAAAAUAUGCGCUCGCCUACGUCUACUUCUGCAUACCUCUACUCCUCAUCGCGAGCUUCAUGCGCUACUACCACCUAUUCACGGAUAAGAUCCGGACAGCCCUACACCAAGAAGAGGUACUACAAUACUCGGCGACAUCCUCUCCUGACACAGACUACGAAAUGUCAGUGCUCCAUACUGACAAAUCUACUGUAAAGUUCUUUCCACGCGACGGCCCCUUGCCUCCCCAACCGAAGACGCAGUCAAGUGUUUCUUCUGUAGGCCCGAUCAACAAUCUGGUGGCUCUCUUUCGAUUUGUGUUCUACCGACCGAUGCGACAAAUCACCCUGCGAAAAGGUUGGAGGCCAAUUGCUUUGCCCUCGCUAAGCGUUACUGUCGUUGUGCUCGGAGCAUUUAUCGUUGGGAUCCUCUACUGCUUCCUUCCACAGCCCCUGUUCUGGCAGAGCAUCGCGUAUGGAUCGCCUCCACUUGCAGUCCGAGCGGGGAUGAUGGCGGUAGCCCUGAUACCUUGGGUUGUUGCGCUUGCAACAAAAGCCAAUCUCAUCACGAUGAUUACAGGUAUCAGCCACGAACGGUUGAAUGUGUUACACCGUUGGGCAGCGUACAUCUGCCUUGUUUUGAGCAUCAUACACACGGUACCCUUCUAUAUUACACCUAUUUGGGAGAACGGAGCGCGCCAAUCUUUCCAGGCUUUCUUCCAACUGCCCGGUUUUUAUCCCUACGGUACUGGAAUCGCCGCUCUCGUACCUCUCGUUUUCCUCUGCGUACAUUCUCUUGCACCCCUCCGCCACUGGAUGUACGAACUCUUCGUCACGCUUCACGUACCUGCCGCCAUCAUCUUUAUUGGAAUGUUGUUCUGGCAUUGCAACAACUAUUUGACCUCAUGGCAUUACCUCUUCUCCACUGUGGCCAUUUGGGUCUUAUCCUACUUUGUGCGGAUUUUCUACCUCAACUGGACCAACCCAAAGCGUUUGUCCUGGCUCAUCGGAGACGAAGCGGCCGUAACACUUAUGCCGGAAAAUGCAAUCAAAAUUACGAUCCCCACCCAGAUGAAGUGGCGACCUGGACAGUAUGUCUAUCUUCGGAUGCCUGGUAUCUCCGUCUUCGAGAACCAUCCAUUCACCAUCGCAUCGCUAUGUAGCGAUGACUUCCCAUCGCAGUAUGGUGAGGGAUACCGGGACAUGGUUCUUGUCUUCCGACCUUUUGGAGGCUUCACGAAGAAGGUCCUGCGUAGUGCCUUGGAACACGGGCCAUGGCACACGUACCGCGCCUUCGUCGACGGACCAUACGGAGGGAUGCAGCGACGUAUCGAAGCCUUCGACGACGUAGUGCUCAUCGCAGGCGGUAGUGGGAUCACCGCCAUUGUUUCACAGCUUCUCUCUCUCAUCAAGAAAAUGCGGGAUGGCAAAGCCGUCACACGCAAGAUCCACGUCAUCUGGGCACUAAAGCGUCCUGAGACCAUGGAGUGGUUCAAAGAGGAACUUCGCAUUUGCCGUGAAUACGCGCCUCCAGAAACAGUACAAUGCCAAUUUUACAUCACCGCCGCAAAACGCGUCGCCGGCGGGGGCGUCGUCAGCGCAAAGACACCAACACGCCCUGUAUCGAUGUUCUUCCACGAUAAAGUCAACGACGCUUUCCAAAAUAUCGCGCAAAACCGUCUUUCAGGCAUCUCGUCGAAGCGCCACUCAGCACUAAUACGCGACGAAGCACAGGGCGACCCGGAGAAAGAGAGUGAGCUCCGCCGCGAGAACGAAGACAACAUCACUGCACUUCCACAAGCCCAUAUCAUGCCCAUGAGCAGAGGUCAGCUCGCGCCCCCACGCCCAAGCGUCAACAGCGCCCGUUCCGAUACUUCCUCAGACAUCGACCUCAUCGCCCCAGUUCCCGUCUCACGUUCCGCCGGCGGCCGCCGCAACCUCUCCCUUGACAUCUCGCAAGCCGUCGGAGCAGGCUCGGGUGCCAUCAACCCAGACCUCUUCCACAACCCCGAUUCACCCACCGCGCACGACCCCUCACAACCCGUCCCAGGCUUCGACUUUGGCUUCCCGUCCACACCCACCGAGUUCCAGAAGAAUCUCAUGCGCUUCGCCUUCCUGCCCGCGGCGGUCAAGAAGAAGGACGGCUGGAGCACAGAGUACGGACGCCCCGAUAUUCCAUAUCUGCUCAAGGGGCUGAGCAAAGGGUUUGGCAGGCGCACUUGUGUGUUUGUCUGCGGACCGCCUGGCAUGCGCGUUAGCGUUAGUCAGACGGUUGCCGGGCUGCAGAGGAGUGUGUGGAGCGAUGCGGGUCGCGAUGAGAUUUUCCUGCAUGCUGAGAAUUAUGCACUUUGAGGUGCUGGAGAGAUAAGGGGGGGCAGGAUACAAUCACUGCUUAGAUUUUCUUUUCUUUUUGUUUACUGUCGUGCAUAGCGUGGGUCUCUUGUGGGUGGGUUGGUGGCAGCGCUCGGUAUAGAUACCCCCUUCCUUACUGUUUUUUGUUGUUGUUGUUCGUUCAUCUUCUUGUAUAUCAGUUCACGCCAUAGACGAUUAGAACGUCGACGUAUAUAUGCCAUUAUCAUUAUCACUAUCAACA